UGACCUCCAACUCCUAGCGAGCAGUCCUCCCGCCUCAGCCUCCCGAGUGCUGGGAUGACAGGCGUGCACCCUCACACCCAGCUCUAGCCUGGUGUUUCCUUAAUUUCCCUGCAGCAAGAGGCCAGUGCUGGUCCUCCAGAAUGAAGCGCUGUACCCGCAGCGGCGCCCCUACACCAGCGAGGACGAGGCCUGGAAGUCGUUCCUGGAAAACCCGCUCACUGCUGCCACCAAAGCCAUGAUGAGCAUCAACGGGGACGAGGACAGCGCGGCGGCGCUGGGGCUGCUUUAUGACUACUACAAGGUCCCUCGAGAGAGGAGGUCGUCAACAGCGAAGCCAGAGGUCGAGCACCCCGAGCCAGAUCACAGCAAAAGAAACAGUCUCCCGAACGUGGCAGAGCAGUCCCUGAUUUCCGCCGGGGAAAACAGGGUGCAGGUCCUGAAGAACGUGCCCUUUAACAUCGUGCUCCCCCACGGCAACCCGCUGGGCACCGACAAGCGCGGCCACCUCCCGGCGCCUGACACCACCGUCACCGUCUCCAUAGCGACCAUGCCCACCCACUCCAUCAAGACCGAGAUGCCGCCGCACGGCUUCGCGGUGGGGCUGCCCCCCGCCGUGUACCACCCGGAGCCCCCCGAGCGGGUGGUGGUCUUCGACCGGAACCUCAGCGCCGAGCAGUUCGGCUCCGGGGCUCAGCCCCCCAGCGCCCAGCGGCGCACCCCGGACUCCACUUUCUCCGAGCCCUUCAAGGAGGGCGUGCAGGAGGUUUUCUUCCCCUCGGAUCUCAGCCUGCGGAUGCCUGGCAUGAACUCAGAGGACUAUGUGUUUGACAGUGUUUCUGGGAACAACUUCGAGUACACCCUCGAAGCUUCCAAAUCGCUGCGGCAGAAGCCAGGGGACAGCACCAUGACGUACCUAAACAAAGGCCAGUUCUACCCUGUCACCUUGAAGGAGGUGAGCAGCUCUGAAGGCAUCCACCACCCCAUCAGCAAAGUCCGAAGUGUGAUCAUGGUGGUUUUCGCCGAGGACAAGAGCAGGGAGGAUCAGCUGAGGCACUGGAAGUACUGGCACUCACGGCAGCACACUGCAAAACAAAGGUGCAUUGACAUCGCUGACUACAAGGAGAGCUUCAACACCAUCAGCAACAUCGAGGAGAUCGCCUACAACGCCAUCUCCUUCACCUGGGACAUCAACGACGAGGCCAAGGUCUUCAUCUCUGUGAACUGCCUGAGCACCGACUUCUCCUCACAGAAGGGCGUCAAGGGGCUGCCGCUCAACAUCCAGAUCGACACCUACAGCUACAACAACCGCAGCAACAAGCCGGUGCACCGCGCCUACUGCCAGAUCAAGGUCUUCUGCGACAAGGGAGCUGAGCGGAAAAUCAGGGAUGAGGAGCGAAAGCAAAGCAAAAGAAAAGGCAAGUGUGCCUCGAGCUCCGGGGACCUUGCUGACGUUAAAGUUCCACUGCUCCCGUCCCACAAGCGCAUGGACGUCACAGUGUUCAAGCCUUUCCUCGACCUCGACACACAGCCGGUGCUCUUCAUCCCCGAUGUGCACUUCACCAACCUGCAGCGGGGCGUGCAUGUUCUCUCUAUUGCCUCUGAAGAAUUAGAGGGUGAAGGGUCCACUCUGAAACGGGGACCAUAUGGGACAGAAGAUGAGUUUGCCACUCCUACUUCCGCCAAGCUGACCCGGAUGGAAGAACCAAAGAGAGUGCUGCUCUAUGUGCGGAAGGAGGCAGAGGAAGUCUUUGACGCCCUGAUGCUCAACACCCCGUCCCUGAAGGGCUUGACCGAGGCUAUCUCAGACAAGUAUGACAUCCCCCAUGACAAGAUUGGGAAAAUAUUCAAGAAAUGCAAAAAAGGCAUCCUGGUGAACAUGGAUGACAACAUCGUCAAGCAUUACUCCAACGAGGACACCUUCCAGCUGCAGACGGAGGAGGCCGGGGGGUUGUACAAGCUCACGCUCACGGAGAUCUAGGGCCCAGCCUGCAGCCCCGGGUUCACCGCCCUGCAGACCCAGGUGACCCCCGGGGGGGGAUCCUUCCUUGCCCUAGAGACAGAUGCUUUGAACCAGCCGGGGGCCGUCUGCAGAGGACGGGAGGCAGCGCAGCCCGCAUCGCCACCCUGGGCCCAGUGUGCUGGCCAUGGGCAGGGCUGUCGGCCCUGUGGGGCGCCAAUCAGACCAGGUGGAGGUGCAGCUGCGUUGUAAAUCAGUGCAAUAGCGCCGUGAAGGCCCGCGUGGAGAUGUGUACAUAAGCAGCUGACAGAUAUCUAAUAUAUACCCGCGGGCCACACGCGUACGCAGUGGGGCUCGAGCAAGCGCAGGGAGACCCAGCCGUGGGAGCCGCCGUCCCCCCAGAGCGGACAGACACCACGCCCCCACGUCUCAUGCUGGCGGCCACAGGAGUCCUGUCCCGCGCAGAGCAAGCAGCGGUCCCACACACGCCGGCAAUGAUUGUGAACCCGGCCCUGAACUCAGAAUGGACCUCCUCCUCCUCUCCUCUUCCUAUUCUGAGAAAUGGUUUGAGCCUAAAUCCCAGCACUUGUAGGCCGAGGCAGGAGGAUCCCUGGGAGUUCAAGGCCAGC